CAGUUUCAGUCGAAGGCAUUUUUAUUUACCUUCUCUACAAACAAAUUUAGAAUUGUUUAAAAUAUUUCUUCCUGUAAAUAGAUAAAAUGUCUGAAAGUACAGAAAAGCUAGAAAAUGGUUCAGAUGCUAGAAGACGAAUCCUUAACAUAGCAGUAUCCACAGUUCUGUUGGAAACUGGUUUUGAAUCUGCAGAUAAAAUGUCUUUAGAAACUCUUACGGAAAUGCUGCAAUGUUUUUUGACUGAAGUUGGCAAUUCAGCUAAAGGGUACUGUGAACUUUCAGGAAGAGUUGAACCUGUUUUGGGAGAUGUUGUAAUGGCACUGAUAAACAUGGGUAUCAAUCUUCAAGGUCUAGAACAAUAUGCAGCCCGUCCUAAUAGACAUAUAAUCCAGCCUCCACAACAAGCACCAGCUCCUAAGACUCCAGCUAUGCUAUCAGCAGGAUCCAAGGCAAAACCAGCUCCCCAUAUACCAUUCCAUUUACCACCUCUGCCUGAUCCUCAUGCGUACAUUCGAACUCCAACUCACAAGCAACCAGUUACUGAAUAUGAAGCUAUAAGAGAGAAGGCUGCUACACAAAAGAGGGACAUUGAAAGAGCUCUAACCAAGUUUUUGGCAAAAACAAGUGAGACACAUAAUCUCUUCAACACUGAAGACAAUCAAGUAUUCCCUUUGAUUGCAUGCAAACCAACAUUUCCAGCAUAUUUGCCUUGCCUAUUACCUACAGAUCAGGUAUUUGAUUUUGAUGAAUUGGAAUAUCAUUUCCAAGUAGCUAAUAGGACAGAAGAUAUGCCUACAGAAAAGAAAGAUCAAUCAGACAAUGAGGGUGACAAUGGUGGAGAUAAUGACCCAAAUGCUUCGCAAUCAGAAAGUCAAGACAAUAACACUGCUACAUCUAGUCCGGACAGAAAUAAAGCUGGCGGAUAAAUAUGAAAUGACAUACCUAAAUGAUAUAUAUUUAUGAUAAAUGGUGGUUACUUAAGGAUACUCUAUGUUUUAUUACAAAUAAAUAUUGGCA